AUGCAGCGCGGCGCGCUGUCCCCGGUGCUGAUGCUCAGCGCUGCCCCGGAGCCUCCGCCGCGCCCGCCUCCCGCCCUCUCGCCGCCGGGCCCGGGCCCCUGCCAUGGCUCAGCUCGGCCCGGUCCUGCCCCAGAGCCGUCGGGGGGCCUGGGCGCGGCGCUCGACAGCAGCCUGCGGGCCGCCGUGGCAUUCAAGGCGGAGGGCCAGCGCUGCUACCGAGAGAAGAAGUUCCGGGAAGCCAUCGGCAAGUAUCAUCGGGCGCUGCUGCAGCUGAAGGCGGCGCAGGGGGCCCGCCCUGGAGGCCUGCCCGCCCCCGCCCCCGGGCCCGCCACCAGCCCGGGGCCAGCCCGCCUCAGCGAGGAGCAGCGGCGCCUGGUGGAGAACACGGAGGUGGAAUGUUAUGACUCUCUCACGGCCUGCCUGCUGCAGUCGGAGCUGGUGAACUACGAGCGGGUGCGCGAGUACUGUCUCAAGGUGCUGGAGAAGCAGCAGGGCAACUUCAAGGCCACCUACCGCGCCGGCAUCGCCUUCUAUCACCUGGGCGACUACACGCGCGCGCUGCGCUACCUGCAGGAGGCCCGCAGCCGGGAGCCCACAGACACCAAUGUCCUGCGCUACAUCCAGCUGACUCAGCUGAAGAUGAACCGGUGUGGCCUCCAGCGGGAAGACAGUGGGGCCGGGGCCGGGGCUGGGACGCGGGACGUCAUUGGCUGA